AAUAUCUCAAGCUCCUUCCUCUUUUAUGAUUAUCUUUUCUUGAAUUGGGUAUUUUAAACUUUUGGUCCAUUGUAUUUGGUCUGCGACAAAAUGGUUGGGAGAGAGAAAAAAUUCCCUAGUCAAGAAGGAGUAAAAAUUAAAUGAUUGAAAGAAAACAAAAUAAAUCUUUAUGACUAUUUAUACCAUUAUCCCUCCGACUACUUUUUCUUUUUCAUUGGGAGAUUUUAGAUUAAUGUGAUAUAAUCUACAAUGCUGAUUUCAAAGGUGCAGUCUCACCCUUCUUAUUAAAUUAGGGCACACACUAUAAUGUAUCUUGAUUACUAUAUAUGUAUCAAGACUUGAGCCAAAGAAUCACAUGGAUGGUUUCAACCCUAAGAACAUUACCACACAGCCACCAACCCUAUGUAUGGUCCUUAUUCCAAACAAUCAAAAGAUGAACCAAUGACCAUCAAUGUAUAUGCCACUUAAAGCCACCACCAUACCUUCCAUAAUAUCAUCAUCGAAUUACACUUUUACCCCUUUAGUUUUGUUUCAAAAAAUUAAACACUCUCAUCUCUUCCUCAUGAGCGCUUCUUCCCUGUAUAUGUAUAUAUAUAUAUAUAUGUAUAUCAUCACCUCCAUUGCCAAUCAUCAUCAUAUCUUCUAGAGAAAGAAAAGGAAAAAGAAAAAGAAACAGAAAUACUAAGAACCCAAAUACAAGUAAUGGGUUCUCUUCCACAUAUAGUAGAAGACUGCAUGGGUGUCCUUCAACUCUUUAGUGAUGGUACCAUUUUCAGGUCCAAAUAUAUUGAUUUCGAUAUACCAGUCAUCAAUGACAAUUCAAUCCUCUUCAAAGACUGUCUUUAUGACAAAACUCACAAUCUUCAUCUUCGUCUCUAUAAACCUGCUUUACCUAAUUCUUCAAACAAGAAACUUCCUGUAGUAAUCUUUAUCCACGGUGGUGGGUUUUGUGUAGGCUCUCGUGUAUGGCCUAACUGCCACAACUGCUGUCUCCGGUUAGCCUCCGGUCUCAACGCUCUUGUCGUGGCUCCUGACUAUCGUCUAGCGCCGGAACAUAGGCUACCGGCGGCUAUGGAUGAUGGGAUUAGCGUCAUGAAGUGGAUACAAGCUCAGGUUUCGAGUGAAAAUGGUGAUGCAUGGUUUAGUAGUAGUAAGGUUGACUUUGACCAGGUGUUUGUUAUGGGUGAUUCGUCUGGUGGCAAUAUUGCACACCACUUGGCGGUUCGGCUCGGUUCAGGUUCGACAGGUUUAAAACCGAUUCGAGUACGAGGUUAUAUUCUGUUGGCGCCAUUUUUUGGUGGGAUUGCUAGGACAAAAUCAGAGGAAGGGCCUAGUGAACAGUUGCUGAGUCUGGAUAUACUAGACAGAUUCUGGAGGCUUUCUAUGCCUGUUGGAGAAGGUAGAGACCAUCCAUUGGCGAACCCAUUUGGACCAUCUAGCUUGAGUCUUGAAACGGUAGCUCUUGAUCCAGUCUUGGUGAUGGUAGGCAGCAGUGAACUGUUGAAAGAUAGGGUUGAGGAUUAUGCAAGAAGGUUAAAACAUAUGGGAAAGAAGAUCGAUUAUCUUGAAUUUGAGGGGAAGCAACAUGGUUUCUUCACCAAUAAUCCAUACUCUCAAGAUGCAGAUAAAGUUAUAGAAGUUAUCAGGAAGUUCAUGUUUGACAACUUGAAUUCUUCUUAAUUAUAAUAUAAGAUUAUGUAGCUGUUAGGAUUUUUAGUACAUUUCAUUUCUUUAAUAUAAUUUCUGGAGUUUGGAGUAUUCUUCUUUGAAUUUUGGAAUUAUAAUUAUGGGAUUAUAAUGUAUUAUUAUAUGAUAAUGAUGCUAAAAUUUUGUAAUAU